AUGAGCAGUCUCCACGUUGUCUGUCAUUGCAUACAGGCACCCCACACACGGACACGUGUUUCCCAAACCAUGUCUCACUCUCAGCUCGCUCAGCUAGCCACUCGACCACAAGCUGCUCAAUCGCAAGAGGCCGCCCAGCAUCCAACUCCUGAAAGCAUUCUAGUUCCUCUUGACCUCCCUUACAACAACACGCUGCGAUUGGGGUAUAUGCGCACUAAUCAGCCCUUUUCCCAACUCCCCAGAGAGUAUUAUAAAUGCUCUCGCCUGAGCCUCCACCCCCCCGACUUCCUUUACGGCUUUCCCUUGCGUUAUGUGGAGGGCGACGAAGACUUAAGCCUAACCACCGCCAAACUAGCCGCCAUGCAGGCAAAAAUCCCAUACGAGGAUCUCCGCGACACGAAAAGGUACCGUCCCGUAGCAGCAAUCAUUCAAUAUUUUCGUGAAUCAAUUGACUGCGAAUCCAUGCUCUACGUCGGUGCAAGCGUGGUGGACACAAAGGACGACACUUUUCUGCUGUUCUAUUACCAUGGAUCUGUUCUGGCAAACGAACCGCGUCAUUUGGAGUGGAUGGAUCAAGUCGCGGAGAUCGCAAUCGAACUUUACACGGACCUAGGUUGGGAGGAUGUUGGGCGGCCAGUGUGGUAUUUGAGCACCCGCACCAAAGGGAUGCACAACUCGACCGACUAUAAUAUAUCUGCAGCUCAUGCUGGUCCCUACUAG